AAAGCCAAAACGUCCAAAGGCUUGGCAUUAAUUAUGGGCCACUUCUAUCGAGGGCUCCACACUAAAGAUAUGCCCUUUCCUAGUACACGUAUGCCUUUGUUCAUUGCUCGCUUCCACAGAAAGGCUCGAAGAGCACUGAUUUUAUGCUACGCUAGUGGGGCGAAGUGUGCAAACGAUUCUUCGUUCCAAGUCUGAUUUUACGACCAUGUUGGCGAAUCGGAGGACGUUUGCUAUGCCUGGGGUGGGCAUCCCAGACGGAAUCAAUACGGAUAGUGAGGAGAACGUUUAUGCGGGGUGUGGAGACGGUGUUAAUGUUUGGGAUGCGGAGGGGAGGUUGUUGGGAGUUCAAAUUUUGCUAUUAUGGAUGGGAGGGUGAUUUUGUUGAAUGAAGAGAGGGUUUGAGUUGCA